AUGGACCUCAUUAUGAACCUCUUCAUGGACCUCAUUAUGAACCUCAUCAUGGACCUCAUGAGCCUCAUCAUGAACCUCAUCAUGAACCUCAUCAUGGACCUCAUGAACUUCAUCAUAAACCUCAUCAUGGACCUCAUUAUGAACCUCAUCAUGGACCUCAUGAACCUCAUCAUGGACCUCAUGAACUUCAUCAUGGACCUCAUCAUGAACCUCAUCAUGGACCUCAUCAUGGACCUCAUCCUGGAUCUCAUGAUGGACCUCAUCAUGGACCUCUUCAUGAACCUCAUCAUGGACUUCAUUAUGAACCUCAUCAUGGACCACAUGAACCUCAUAAUUAAUCUCAUCAUGGACCUCAUCAUGACCUUAACAUCGACCUCAUGA